CUGUCGACCGGCAAUCCUGUGCAAGCACUGGUCAAGGAGGCGGCGGGCCCCGGUCUGACGCUGGCCGAGGUGCCGGAGCCCGCGCCCGGCCCCAAGGAGGUCCUGGUCCGGGUCAUCAAGGCGGCGGUGUGCGGGACCGACCUGCACAUCUACCAAUGGGACGAGUGGGCGCGCAGCGUGAUCGAGCCGCCGCUGGUCCUGGGCCACGAGUUCGUGGGCGAGGUGGUCGCGCUCGGGCCCGGCGCGACGCUGCACCGGGCCGGCGACCGGGUUUCGGGCGAAGGGCACAUCACCUGCGGCCUGUGCCGCAACUGCCGCGCCGGCAAGCCGCACCUGUGCCACCUCACCAAGGGGGUGGGCGUCCACCGCGACGGCGCGUUCGCGGAGCUGGUGGUGAUGCCGGAGAGCAACCUGUGGCCCAUCCACGACAGCAUUCCGACCGAGAUCGCCGCCUUCCUCGACCGCUUGGGCAACGCCGCGCACUGCGCCCUGUCGUUCGACCUGGUCGCCGAGGACGUGCUGAUCACCGGCGCCGGGCCGAUCGGGGUGAUGGCCGCGGCGAUCUGCCGCCACCUGGGCGCCCGCCACGUGGUGGUCACCGACGUCAACGACUACCGGCUCGACCUGGCGCGCCGCAUGGGCGCAUCGCUUGCCGUCAACGUGACGCAGGAGUCGGUGGAGGACGCCGUCACGCAGCUCGGCAUGUCGAACGGCUUCGAUCGCGGCAUCGAGGUGUCCGGAAGCCCCGAUGCGUUCCGGAGCAUGCUGGCCAACAUGUACAACGGCGGCCAGAUCGCCCUGCUCGGCUUUCUGCCGGGGUCCACCACGAUCGACUGGAACCAGGUGAUCCUCAAGAGCCUGCGCAUCAAGGGCAUCUACGGACGGGAGAUGUACGAGACCUGGUACAAGAUGACGCAGAUGCUGCGCAGCGGCCUGGACGUCUCGCCGGUGCUGACGCACCGGCUGUCCCUGGACGACUUCGAAGAGGGCUUCGCGGCGAUGGCCGCCGGCCGCUGCGGCAAGGUCGUCCUGACGUACGAUCCGGGUGAGCACAUCAAGAGUAGUAAACAGCAUCAUGGCAACCAUCGCGAAACCCGACGCGUUGAUUCAGCCCACCCUGGAGCAGAUCCGGGACGCAGGCCUGUACAAGGACGAGCGGGUCAUCACCUCGCCGCAGGGCGUGGCCAUUCGCGUAGGCUCAGGCGAAGCGGUGCUCAACUUCUGCGCCAACAACUACCUGGGGCUGUCCAGCGACCCCGCGGUGAUCGACGCGGCCGCCGAGGCCCUGCGCUACGCACGGCUUCGGGCUGUCUCGUCGGUCCGCUUCAUCUGCGGCACCAGGACCUGCACAAGCGGCUGGAGCAGGCGCUGGCGCGCUUCCUGGGCACCGACGACGCCAUCCUCUACACCUCCUGCUUCGACGCCAACGGCGGCCUGUUCGAGACGCUCCUCGCCGAAGGCGACGCCGUCGUGCUCUCGGACGCGCUCAAUCACGCGUCGAUCAUCGACGGGAUCCGCCUGUGCAAGGCUGCCCGCUACCGCUACGCGCAUGCCGAUAUGGACGACCUGGAGGCCAAGCUCAAUGGGGCCGCCGGCGCGCGGCUGCGGCUGAUCGCCACCGACGGCGUGUUCUCCAUGGACGGCGACAUCGCCCCGCUGGACCGCAUCGUCGAGCUGCGCGCAGAGCAGACGCGUCUGGGGAUGACCACGGAGCUGCGCGACCGGCUGGCGGAGAACACCGCCUACUUCCGGGACGCGAUGACCGCCGCCGGCUUCGACAUCCGGCCCGGCGUGCACCCGAUCGUGCCGAUCAUGCUGUACGACGCGCCUAGUGAGAGACUGCAGGGCGGGGAUCCAUUGAUGGCGACAGAUCUGCUGGCCGAGGGGAUCUACGUGAUCGGCUUCUCCUUUCCGGUGGUGCCGCAGGGGCAGGCCCGCAUCCGCGUGCAGAUCUCGGCCGCGCACCACGAAUCAGCCCACCUGGACCGCGCGAUCGAGGCGUUCACCCGCGUGGGCCGGCAGCGCGGCAUCAUCGAGUAG